UGGUGCUUGUGGGAAGAGCGCAGCGCUCUGCGUGGGGCCAAAAUACGACCCCCCCCCCGUAAGGAUCCUGUGGAAGGAUGCAGUCUCAUCAUGAGGGGAUUUCUUCCUCCUCCAUCUUCUAACCGCCUCUUGUAUCGCCUGGAAGCGGCUUUUAUGUAACUCGCCGCCGACAUGAUGUGGGCUGUUUCCACGCUCCUGUGUUGCAUUUUGACGCCAUCAACCGCACACCAAACACCGCAGAGACUCCCUUUCUUCCACGGACACGUCUUCGAGAACUCGCCGACGGCUUCCAAAGUGAACGGACUUAGCAUUCCUGUGAGGCGCAUUAUUUACGCGCAAAGAUGGUGCCCGGUACCGGGGUUGCACUUCAAAAUCUACGGCAACGGAAGUCAGGAUUUCCGCGCAUUCGCGCAUCACAAACGUGGGAAUAUAUUGUUAAAAACUUCCAAGGUGCUAGACAGGGAAUUCCGCACCGAGUACCGCCUGAGAGUCGCUUUAUGUUGCGAGAAUUGCGCGUCGGAUGCUUUGGUUGUGGAUGUCGCGUUUGUAAAAGUGGACGUUUUGGACACAAACGACAACGAGCCGACUUUUGCGCCACCGGAAGCAGUGCGUAUAACUUUAGAUGACACUACUGCUCUACGGAGCGUCGUUUGGAGGCUCAGAGCCGAGGACGCGGACAGCGGCAUGAAUUCGGACUUAACAUACAUUAUUGCGCCUAAAACCGGCACUUUUUAUGUGGUGCCAAAAACCGGUGAAGUUUUACUACUGGACUCCAUUCUGGGGUUUCGAUCCGAAUUGGAAUUCCGUGUUUUUGCCACGGAUCACGGAUGGCCUCCAUUAACAAGCGAAGGCGUAACGGUCACUGUUUCUCCACGGAAGUGGUUGGAGAAACCCAGACCGGAAAGGUUCAAACGCUCACCCGCGGAGUCCCUGGAUCCCGCAGUCUCCUUAAACGUAUCCGAGGAUGCAAGCGUCGGCUCCGUCAUCACUAGCCUCCAUCCCAGCAGGUUCAGGUCUGCCAUCUUUGAGGUCAUUUACCCGGAGAGGCAGAGUUCCCCGGUCACGGUGGGGCGCGACAGUGGGGACGUCACCAUCACCAGGAGGCUGGACAGGGAGUCUGAACCUUUCGUGGAGCUCACUGUGAAGAUUCAGGAUAAACGGGGCCCCGACUGGUACCUGAACAAGGUGAAGCUGACAGUCACUGAUGUCAAUGACAACGUCCCGGAGUGGAAUAUGAAGCCUUACCCGUACCAGGCCGGCGUGUCGCCUGAUGCCCCUGCGGGGACCUUUGUUUACCAACUCCAGGCCCUCGACGGGGAUGAGGGCCUCGGCGGAGAAGUGGAAUACUUUUUAGCUGAUGGAGGUGACGGCUGCUUCGCCGUGGACAAGAAAACGGGCCGGGUGUCGAGCACGGGCCACACGCUUCAGAAGGCCAGAGAGUACUUGUUAAGCGUAGUGGCCAUCGACGGCUUGGGCGGGCGCAGCCCCCCCGCGAUGCUCUCUGUCAUCGCCGGAGUCCGAGCGCCGCAGUUCAGCAAUACGAGCUACUCCAUCUCCAUACCAGAGAACACGCCUGAAGGACAGCCCUUCCUGGCCGUGUCGGCCAUUUCCUUCCAAAAGCAGCCAAUCAGCUACAGCCUGCUGAUCAAUCCCAGCAGCCUUUUCAGCAUUCAGCAGGAGUCGGGAGAGAUCAGCGUGACCCGGACGCUGGAUUACGAGAGCGACCAACGACGGUACCUACUGAUGGUGCGAGCCAGCGAAGAACCGGGCGGACUGAGCUCGGCCGCAGAGGUUCAGGUGCUGAUAACAGACCAGAAUGAUUGUGUCCCCGAGUUCCUCCAAUCCAUCUACAGCGUGGAUGGAGUCCCGGAGACUGUAACCACGGCAACGUCUCUCCUGCAGGUGUUGGCCACUGACUGCGACUCCGGGUCCAAUGCGGAUCUAACCUAUUACACUCUGAGCCCAGACUUCAGUAUUUCGCCGCACGGUACCAUUUUCCCCGCCGCCCGGCUUGACUACGAGAGGCCGAACCAUCUCUAUGAAUUUGUAGUCAUGGCGGUCGACGGCGGGGAUGGGCCUCACUCCGGUACCGCCACCGUUCGAGUCAGGAUGGCAAACGUCAACGAUGAAGUCCCGGAAUUCUCCCAGUCCACGUAUCGAACGUUUGUUUCUGAGGAUGCAGGCCCAAACACUCUUGUCGCUACAGUCCUCGCCAAAGACCCCGACGGCGAUGGCAUCGUCUACUCCAUAACGGCCGGGAAUGAGGACGGGAAUUUUGUCAUUGACAGCCAAAAAGGGUUAAUUCGACUCCGCUCCGCCCCCCUGCCCAAGCUCCAGGGCUUGGAGUACGUACUAAACGUUACAGCCACCGACAACAAUGCAUCAGGCGGGCUCCACUCGCUGUCCUCCACCGCACGCGUCAUCGUGGGAGUGGAUGAUGUGAACAAUAACAAACCGAUAUUUGAAGAGUGCCAGCAGUAUCGUGAGCAGGCGUCAGUGCUGGAGAACCAGCCGACAGGGACAUUUGUGUUGCAAGUGCAUGCAGUGGACGCCGAUGAAGGAGCAAAUGGAAAAGUCAAAUAUGGCCUAAUGCACAGAGACAGCGUCAUGCCCGCCUUCAGAGUACAUCCUGACUCAGGAGCAAUUGUGACGGCCCAGAGGUUUGACAGGGAGCGGCAACGAGAGUAUUCGGUCACAGUGACAGCCACUGAUUGGGCAGAAGAACCUCUCAUCGGAAUCUGUCAGCUCACUGUCCAAAUAUUGGACGAGAACGACAAUAGCCCCAAGUUUGAGAACAUGCGCUACGAGUACUUUUUGAGAGAGGACACUCUGGUCGGUACCAGCUUCCUGCGUGUGGCCGCUCAUGACGAUGACUUCGGUACUAACGCGGCCGUCACUUACUCCAUGUCUGUGGAACAACCCGAGUACCUAAAGGUCAAUGCCGUCACCGGAUGGGUCUACGUCAACCAGCCCAUUUCCCAGAGGUCCUACAUCACACGGGACAUCAUCGCCACCGAUGGGGGCAACCGUAGCACCUCCGUGGAACUGGCCGUCACCAUCACCAACGUAAAGAACCAACCCCCACGGUGGGAAGAGGAGAACUACCGCAUCGUCAUCCCUGAAAACGCUGCCAGAGACACGCCCAUCGUGACAAUCAAGGCCACGUCUCAACUGGGUGACCCAAGAGUAACCUACAAUCUCGAAGACGGCAUGGUCCCCGAAACGAAUAUGCCAGUUCGUUUCUACCUCUCGCCCAAUCGGGAAGACGGCUCCGCUUCCAUUCUGGUGUCUGAGCCGCUGGACUACGAAACCACCCCCUUUUUCUCUCUACGGGUGCGGGCGCAGAACGUGGCCGCUGUCCCGCUUGCGGCCUUCACAACGGUUUAUGUCAAUAUCACAGACGUCAACGACAACGUGCCGUUUUUCACCUCCUCCAUUUACGAAGCCUCGGUAACGGAAGGGGCUCAAAUCGGAACCUCGGUUCUCCAGGUGUCUGCUCAUGACAAAGAUCUGGAUCUUAACGGAGAGAUCACGUACUCUCUGCUCAGAGACAGCAGCGGCGACCAUCUUUUGUUCCGAAUAGAUCCCAAAUUUGGGAUCAUCUACACGGAGGCCAUUUUUGAUCGUGAGGCCCGCAGCUCCUACUUACUGGAGGUCCAGUCGGUGGACGGACAAGAAUCUGCUCGGCCCGGAAAGAACAAGCAGCCGAAUUCAGACACGGCGUACGUUCGUGUUUUCAUCAGCGACGUCAACGACAACAAGCCGGUCUUUGUUCAGAGGCUCUAUGAAGUGGCCGUGGAUGAAGAUGCCGAUGUGGGCUUGGCGGUCGUCACUGUCAGCGCUAACGACGAAGACGAAGGGGCCAACGCCAAGCUGCGCUACCAGAUCACAUCUGGCAACAAAGGCGGCGUUUUUGACAUCGAGCCAGAAGUGGGGACUAUAUUCAUCGCGCAGCCUCUGGAUUACGAACAGCAAAAGAGGUACAAACUGCUGGUCCUGGCCUCUGACGGAAAGUGGGAAGAUUACGCCGCCGCCGUGGUUACCGUGGUGAAUAAAAACGACGAGGCUCCCGUGUUCUCCAUGAAUGAAUACUAUGGAUCGGUCACGGAGGAACUUGAUGGGUCCCCGGUCUUUGUACUACAGGUGACGGCCACCGACCCGGACAAAGACGCAGACCAGGGCGCCAUACGCUACUCCAUCCAUGGCCAAGGUGCCGAGUCGCACUUCAUGAUUAACGACAUCACGGGCGAGAUGUAUGCCCAACGCACGAUGGACCGAGAGGAACGUGCCGUGUGGCGCUUUGUCGUCAUGGCGACAGACGAAAGCGGCGAAGGAUUAACCGGUUUCACCGAUGUUAUAAUCAACGUUCGGGACAUCAACGACAACGCGCCCGCGUUUUCAUGCCUGCCCGAUAAUUGCCUCAGUAGCGUAGCGGAAAGCUCACUUCCUGGAACUUUUGUCGUGGAAAUGACGGCUGUCGACCUCGACGACGCCGCCGUCGGCCAGAACGCAAUUCUCACGUACCAGAUCACCGAGAACGCGCGGAACCAAAACAACGAAGUCCUUUUCGCGAUUGAUUCCAGCACCGGUUCGAUAUCGGUCGCGGCCGAUGGACUGGAUCGGGAAUCGGUUGCGAGUCACCGUUUAGUCGUUGAGGCCCGGGACGGCGGAGGAAUGACGAGUACUGCAACCGCUACUAUUGUCUUAACGGACGUUAAUGACCACAUACCGAAGUUCCAAGACAAGAUUUGUAGCGCCCGUGUGCCUGAGAACUCCGAUGUGGACUCCAUUGUUCUGGAGUUGGAUGCAACGGACCCUGAUUCCGGAGCAUUCGGACAACUGGCCUUUAGUGUUUUGGACGGGGACCCAGAUCAACAGUUCUACAUAGUCAGCCACAGACUGGAACAGAAGGGGGUUCUCAGAUUGAAAAGGAAACUAGACUUUGAGAGACCAGGAGAGCAAAUGUUCAAUCUUACUUUGAAGGUUCAAGACUCUGAGUUCUCCAGCCUGAUUCAGUGUCUGGUUCUAGUCGAGGAUGAGAACGAUAAUGCCCCUGGGUUCGCCCAGAACUCUUACCGUCUUUCCGCUUUGAACGAGGACGUAGAAGUAGGAACCACUGUUAUCCAGGUCUCGGCCACCGACGCUGACUCCGGUCCAAACGGGGAGCUUUUGUACCGCAUUCUUCCCGAAUCGGAUCCCUUCGGACAGUUCACAGUUACCCGAUCCGGUGUUGUUACAGUCGCUAAGGCACUGGAUCGAGAAACCGUGAGUGGUUAUGACUUGGUUGUCACGGCGACAGACCGAGGUAAACCAGCGCUGACUGGCAGCGUCGUGGUCUCCUUGCCGUUGUUAGACGUGAACGACAACAGUCCGGAACUGGAGGAACCUUACGCUCCGGUGGUUUGGGAAAACAGUCCAGCGCCUCAAGUGGUCUGGCUCAACGUGAGCUCAACGCUGCUUCAUGUCGUGGAUCGGGAUUCCCCGGAGCACGGGCCUCCUUUCUCGGUCUCGGUUCCUUCGGUUUACUCGGCUGACUUUCACCUCCAGGAUCACGGGAACGGAUCAGCAUCGCUCACGGCCUUGCGCAGAUUCGACAGGGAAAGGCAAAGCAUCUUUCUUCUGCCGGUGGUUAUGAUUGACAGCGGGUAUCCACCAAUGACGGCCACGAGCACGCUCACUGUAACCAUUGGUGACCAAAACGAUAACGCCCAUCAGGCAGGGGAGAAAGACGUCUACGUGUAUCGGCGCAAGGGAAGGAUGGCAAAUGCAGAACUGGGGAAGGUGUAUGCGCUCGAUCCCGAUGACUGGGACAACAAGACCUACACUCUGGAGACGAGUGCCGCCAAAUACUUCAGUGUGAAUCGGAGCUCCGGCGUGCUGAGCAUCCGACAGAACACUCCGGCGGGGAGUUACUGGAUGAGGGUUGGGGUGUCAGACGACGUGUGGCCCGACGUGAUAUCCGGGGUCAGAGUUCAUGUGAGAGAUCUGGAGGACAAGGCUGUUCUGUCAUCCGCUUCGCUGCGUUUGACAGGAAUAACCACACGAGAUUUUAUCGACUCUCACACGGAGACGAAGAGUCGACUGGAGACGCUUUGGGACUUCUUGUCUGAGACGCUGUCCGUCAGACCUGGCAACAUUAACAUUUUCAGCAUAGCCAACAGGGGGGAGGAAACAGUGGACGUCCAUUUCUACGUGCUGUCCGAUUCGGGAUACAUGCAUUCAGAGAAGCUGCAUGGGUUUCUGGCUGCACAGAAGAAGAAGCUGCAGUCGCUGCUGCGCGUCAAUGUGAGUCAAGUCCGAGUGGACGAGUGCGUGCACGCCGACUGCAAGGCAUCGGGCGGAUGCUCCACACAGCUCAACAUCGGUGAUUCGCCCACUCUUGUGGACUCUGACGUUUUAUCCCUGGUGUCGGUGAUGGUGACCACAUCGGCCGUGUGUGGGUGCAGCGCCAGGGAUAUGAUUCACCGAAGCUGCUCUUCCUACCCCGAUAACCCCUGCCUCAAUGGGGGAACCUGCGUGGAUGCUCACGAUGGGUACAGGUGCCAAUGCCCUCCUCAGCACGACGGGCCAGACUGCCAGCAGCCAAGACGUAGUUUCCUUGGCAACGGCUACGCCUGGUUUCCCCCCAUAAAGCCGUGUUUUUAUAGCCAUCUUUCCCUGGAGUUUAUGACAGAAGAAGAUGACGGACUGCUUCUAUAUGCCGGCCCUUUGACCGCUCAGCUGCCUGGAGACGUUGAAGACUUCAUGGCCAUAGAGCUAAUUGGUGGCACACCCAGUCUGAAAAUCAACCACGGUUCUGGUACGCUAGUUCUCCACCUAAUAAACAGCAUCGGCUUGGCCGACAGACGCUGGCAUCGCCUUGACGUGAGGAGUAACAGUAAAGAAGUUCGAUUUACUCUGGAUCGAUGUUCCACUGCCAUCGUCAUGGAGACGGAAGGGGUGGAGUCCUGGGCGAUGACGGAGGAUCGCUCAUCUUGUGAAAUUCGAGGAGUAACACCCAAUCGUGACAAGUUUCUCAACGGGAGCCACGUGUUGCAGCUCGGGGGGGUCAAUGUGAACACGUCGUAUGAAUACCCUCAGCUCCGACACAAACACUAUACCGGGUGUAUAAAGAACCUACGAAUGGACACCAAGCUCUUUGACCUUGGAUCUCCAGCCCAGUCUGCCAACAGCGUGCCAGGCUGCUCUUUUAGCGAUGACCUCUGCUCCGACACGGAACAACAAGCGGAGCCGAGUUCUAUGAGCUGCCGAUGCGUUCCAGGUUUUACCGGGCCGCAAUGUGACCAACCGCUUCCAGAGUUCUCCUUUGAUGGACGCAGCCACGUUCAGUUCCAGCUGCUGUGGUCGCUGCCUGCGAGACAGAUAAGAGUCCAGGCCGGGAUUCGAACACGUGUCGCUUCUGGUGUCAUCCUCAGCCUGCUGACGAAGGAGCAGAACGAAUACCUUCGUUUAGAGGUGGUCCAGGGUUUACUGACCGUUUUCUACAACCUCGGAGACGGCGACUACAACAUGACGCUGCCUUUCCAUCACCUCGAUGACGGCGAAUGGCACGAAGUGGACCUGGAUCGCUUUGGCCGAGAGUUCACCCUUCGCUUGGAUGGCGGCGGAGGUCGGCGAGAGAUAACAGCGUCACCUGGGCGGAGUCAGGAGAUCAUUAUCGACGCCUCCGCUGUCAUGAUCGGGAACUCUUUCCCGUCGGGACUCAAUCGAAGUUUCCUUGGCUGCAUUCGAGAUGUGAGAUUUAAUGGCCGCUCCAUCCCCCUGGAUAAGGAGCAGGCUUCUGAUGGGCUUCAAGUGGUCUCUUCUCAGGGCGUGUCCCGCGGCUGCUCUUCAGAAGCCUGCAGCAAACACCAUUGCUCCCCCCCGCUUGUCUGCGUGGACCUGUGGAGGCAACACGAGUGCAGAUGCCCCCAAGGCCACAUCACCAGGGAGAUCUCCACCGGCAAGUCGUGCGUCUACACGCUCUGCGCCAGCCGUCCGUGUCGCCACGGCACCUGCGUGGCCCACUCGCCCUCCCGCUACACGUGCCACUGCAGCGACGGCUACCGAGGACGCCACUGCGAGGUCACGCUCGCCAUGUUCCAUAACGAAGACGGCACCACCCUCAGCCUGAGCUCCAUGUUUGCCAUCAGCAUCUGUGUCAUGGCGUUUCUAGUGUUGAUGCUGGGCCUCUUUCUGUAUUCCUGCUGGAGGAGACACAAGGGCCUGAAAGAGGGCGUGUACCACGUGUCGGCGCAACACGGCGAGUGGGAGGACAUCCGAGAGAACGUGCUCAACUACGACGAGGAAGGAGGAGGGGAGCAGGACCAGAAUGCUUUCAACAUGGUGGAACUGCAGCGGUCCCUCCAACCGAGCCCGGCGCAGUCCCUCCGCUACAGCUACCCACAAAGCCUAGUUUCCUGCCCGGAGAACAAGCCCCCCCACGAUGAGAAACGAACGGGACUGUCUAACGGGAACGGCAGCGCCAUCAUCGCCCUGCGCCUCGCCGUCCCCCCAUCAGAGACCGAGACCCUCUCGUCUCCUUUGACGCUUCGCCGCUCCAAGAAACCCCUCUCCUUCUCCAGCCAGGACCUGGCCCGGUAUUUGUGCGAAGUCAUCCGAGACAUGGAACACCCGGAGGACCUCGGUACCAGGACCACACCGCGUCGUCCUUCCAGGAAGGAGCGCGGCCUCGCGGCGGUGCGCUCCCUCAGUGCGUCUCAGGGUUCGGAUAUCAGGCAUCAGGGACCCCCGAGUACCAGAACGGACAAAUUCAGAACCCUCCGAGCUGUUGUGGGCGACCUGAGGGGGGACCCUAAGCCUUCUGAGAACCACAGAGACUCACACCAGGGGAACAGGGGGCCACGCUGAAUUGGGAAGAAUUCCGACGCUGGGGAGGAUUCCCUGUCGGAGUCAACGCCAACUGUACAGUCCAGACUUUUCGAAUCAUUCAUGCGGACACGAAGCUUCCAUAUCCGGAAUGUGAGUGUUUGGGAAUAGAAUAGUAAUCCAUCCAAGAAGCAGGGCAGGGUCGUAAUGACGGCGGGACGGAGGUUGUCGGUACAACACCAUAACCUGAUGAGCUCCGUGUCACGGCGUUGUGACGUAAAUGUCGGUCAUACCUUGGACUGACCUCGGAAUAAUGCGCCCCGACCCGGAAGUGGGUCCUGGACGGCUCCAUACGUUGGAACCGAAAUACAGCAGAGCCUUGGUUUUUGUUAUUUGUUUAUUCGUAUUAAUAAAAUCUCUGACAAAAACCGAAGCAAUUUUUUUUUCAGUUUUCUUCUCAUAAUUUGGACUUUUGGCUAUGAAUAUUUAGACUUAAUAGUAAUAUUUCAACUUUCAUCCAUCCAUUCCAGCAGUCUCAGUAAGGAAGCCCAGACUUCCCGGCCCCCGGCCACCUCCUCCAGCUCCACCGGGAGCACACCAAGGAGUUCCC